AUGUUGAACGACGACUCCAACGAAGACUCUUAUAUGAAGGGAUCCUAUGUUUACCACAACUUCAGGCAAAUGAUUGACUUUGUAUUGAAUGACAAACAAUACUCACAACUGUUUGACGCAAACGACAUGAAUGUCGUCCAAGUCUUCACUUGUCUUUCAGGUUUGGCGCAAAUGCUAUUAAUGAGACUUUUUAUCCGCAAAAAGCAUUGGAUCCGCAAAAAUGUCAUCAAAUAUCCAGAAAUUGCUGAGAAUUUGCAGCCAAUCCUCAAAGAACUGGUCGACAAUCAGUUUCUGUUCAAUGAGACCCAAUUGACUGAUUUGAAGGAAUCAUUGGAUAUUUUGGACACCAUUGAGGUUAAGAAAAUCGGCCGUUCAUUGAAUGGCAUGAAUAUGAAUGGUUUGAACACUAAGAAGAAUAUAAUACCCGCUAUUUUGAAGUAUAUAAACACAUGUCAAUCAGUGAUCAAAACUUCAGACAAACAAUCAGAUUCUGUGACUCAAAAACUUCUCAAAUCGGUUAGAAGUGUUUUGAAAGACAAAUGUUUUAAAGUGAACGAAAAACUAUGCGAACCAUUUGAACGCAUGUUUUUGCUCUUCUGUCAGCCGGACAUCAAUGAAGACGAUUUGAACACUCAUUUGAGUCACGAAUUUUUCAAACAAAUGAAAGCCGAAAGCAGACGAGAAGUUUAUCCCAAAUUUGUUAUCAAUGGAGAGGAAAGCAUUUACAAGACUCGCGACCAACUAAUCCUCUAUAGCGAGGCCUUUAAGUUGGAAAUCGAAAUCUUGUCGGCCAUUGAAAAGAGAAAUUUAGGCGAAGAUAUGGUUGAUUUGAUGGAUAGAGCGGAACACAUGUAUAUGACUACCAUUAAAGACAAAUGCGAUGAAAGCGAUACACUUUUGCCCUCAUUUUUACGCCGCUAUACCGCCGGUCAAUCUUAUAUACGAUUGAAAAAUAGUGGUCUAAUAGACGUUGAAUACGAAAACAUCAAAUUCAACGAAACGACAAUAUUUGCUGAAUCUUUCAAAUGUUUGGUUAACGACAAAACCGAGAGAAAGAAUUUCUUUAAAACUACUGAUUCUAAUGGAGACGUGACUGUCAUGAGUGUCGAAGACAUUGUGAUUAAACAUUACAAGAGUAAUGGCUUUACCGACGGUAUUCACACCGAGUCUCGCGUUUAUCACACAAUUCUCGUCCUAUUAUUUUGGGAUAUUAUAUACAUGUGUGACACGAGUGAUGUUAGCGACGCGUUUCGUUUCCAAUACCAACGCUUCCCAUUG